CAACGGUUAGAAAAAAAGGCCAAAAAUUUCUCUUAUUUUCUCAUCUCCCUGCUUCUCCUCACCACUGUCUCCUGAGCCGCUCCCUACACAUGGUGUCUCUCUCCAUUCAACUGUGAUUGUAGUGCAAGGCUACAAACUAGACGACCAUGGCCUCACUCUCACUCUCACUGUCCUCCACCCCCACCCACCCAUUCUCACCUUCCUUCAAUCGCCGACUCACCACAAAACCACCACCCUCUUCUUCUCUCACUUCUUCUAAUGCUGCUGCUGCUGCUAACCCAGAUGAUAAGCCAAAUGCUUUAACAGUCCCAGAGAGAAGCCAAACCCAAAGAAAAGUGAUGAUAGACAUUGAGAAGCUAAAGAAGCGAGAAGCCAAGGAGAGAAAAGAGGAAGUGAACAGUAAGAUAGCUUCGAGGAAAGCAAUCUCAAUUAUACUCAGGAGAGAGGCUACCAAAGCACUCAUUGAGAAGAAGAGGGGUCCCACCAAUUCUAAAAAGCUGCUUCCUAGGACUGUUCUUGAAGCCCUUCACGAGAGAAUCAAAGCUUUGCGUCCUGACUCUGCUCUCAAGGUGUUUGAACUACUACGUGAGCAGCUGUGGUACAGGCCCAAUUCUGGAGUGUACAUUAAGUUAAUUGUGAUGCUUGGAAAAUGUAAGCAACCUCAAAAAGCUGAUGAACUUUUUCAAGCCAUGAUUGAUGAAGGUUGUGUUGUGAACCAUGAAGCAUACACUGCUCUCUUAUCUGCCUACGGUAGGAGUGGUCUCUUUGACAAAGCAUUUUCCCUCCUUGAGCAGAUGAAGAAUACUCCUGAUUGUCAGCCUGAUGUGCAGACUUACUCAAUCCUCAUAAAAUCAUGUUUAGAGUAUUAUGCCUUUGACAAAGUGCAGGCUCUGCUUUCUGACAUGACAACUCAGGGAAUCAGACCAAACACUGUCACAUACAAUACCCUAAUCGAUGCCUAUGGGAAGGCCAGAAAGUUUUCAGAGAUGGAAUCAACCCUUGUGGAAAUGCUCCAUGAGAAGAACUGUGAACCUGAUGUUUGGACCAUGAACUCCACACUCAGAGCCUUUGGUAGCAGCAGGCAAACAGAAACAAUGGAGAAGUGCUAUGAGAAAUUCCAGAGUGCUGGGGUCCAACCAAACAUUCGGACCUUCAAUAUUCUACUAGAUUCCUAUGGAAAAGCAGGAGAGUAUGAGAAAAUGAGUGCUGUGAUGGAAUACAUGCAGAAAUACCAUUACUCUUGGACAAUCGUUACGUACAAUGUGGUGAUAGAUGCAUUUGGGAAGGCUGGAGAUUUAAAACAAAUGGAAUAUUUGUUUAGGCUAAUGCGGUCAGAGAGGAUUAAGCCAAGCUGUGUUACACUUUGCUCGCUUGUAAGGGCUUAUGGGCAAGCUGGUAAACCUGAAAAGAUUGGUGGUGUUUUGUGUUUUAUUGAGAAUUCAGAUGUAGUACUGGAUACUGUGUUUUUCAAUUGCCUGGUGGAUGCUUAUGGUAGGAUGGGAUGCUUUGCAGAGAUGAAGGGAGUUCUUGACAUGAUGGAGCAGAAAGGAUGUAAGCCUGAUAAGAUUACAUAUAGAACCAUGAUUAAAGCUUAUUCAAUCAAUGGGAUGACUAGCCAUGUUAAGGAGCUCCAAAAUCUGAUUGGAUAUGCUGAAGGGACUCAAUCAUAUAUGGGAAAGCCCGACUUUCGAUGAGGGAAGUUUUACAGGUCAUUCCUCCCCGUGAUGUAUAUACAUAUUCUUUGUUUAGUAGUGAAUCUUAUUUUUUACAUCACAUAUUCUUUGUUUAGUAGUGAAUCUUACUUUUGAAUGUGUAUAUUUUUAAAAUUCAAAAAAAAAAAAAAAAAUCAAUAUCUUGUGAUAAUUUCGGUUUUUCAACUUGUCUUGCAUCUGAUAUUGUGCCUUAGAAAGCAUGAACCUAUCUUCCAUUUCUCUUUUCAUCCGUAACUUGUAGCAAUCUUAACAUUCAUAACACUUAAGAACUAGGUUAAUUGUGGAAAACCACUUUAAACUAUUGGGGUUACUUGCCCUUGCACCCAGGCUUAAAACAUGCAAUCAACUCCCUAAUUAAAUUAAUUGUGCGAUAUGCGCCCUGCAAUUUAAAUAAGAAAAUAAGUAUGAUGUUAGAUAUGGAGCUAAAAAUAUUGUUUGGAAAAAGUAGAUCUAUGGAUAUGUUAACGAAGAAGAUUAAGUGUGUGAUGCCUUAGGCCUUGGCUCAGUUGCUAAAAGAACAGAGCGGGUUUGAAAAGGUCUCAGGUUCAAAUAAAAAUUGGGUAAAGAUGAUGAAAUAAGUGAAAAGCUUUUCCUGUGAAAAUUUGUGGGAGUUUUUGGUCCUUUCGAGCUGUAGAUGUUAGAAUUUCUUUUCAAGUGUUUCUCUAGUAUACUUCCAGCACUAGGGUUUUUUUUGGGGGAUAAUUUUUUUUUAAUGAAUGCUCAUAAAAAUUUA